AUGCUCCUCUCCGGGCCGCAGCCGCCUACCCCGCCGCUGCUGCUCCCGGAGAGCAGCGGCGAGGACGGCGGCGCCCACGACCACGACUCCUCCUCGCGGGCCUCGGCCCCGAAGAAGCGCGCCGAGACCUGGGUCCAGGACGAGACGCUCAGCCUCAUCGCGCUGCGGCGCGAGAUGGACAACCACUUCAACACCUCCAAGUCCAACAAGCACCUCUGGGAGGCCAUCUCCGCCAAGAUGCGGGAGCAGGGCUUCGACCGCUCCCCGACCAUGUGCACCGACAAGUGGCGCAACCUCCUCAAGGAGUUCAAGAAGGCGCGCAGCCACGCCCGCAGCAGCGCCGGCGCCGGCGGGAACGGCUCUGCCAAGAUGGCCUACUACAAGGAGAUCGACGACCUGCUCAAGCGCCGCGGGAAGGCGGCCGCCUCGCCCGCGGGGAGUGGUGGUGGAGGUGGCGCCGCGAAGAGCCCCACGCCCACCUCCAAGAUCGAGUCUUACCUGCAAUUCGCGGAUAAAGGUUUUGAAGAUGCCAACAUUCCAUUUGGCCCUGUUGAAGGAGAAGGGUCUCCCAACAAUGGGAUAGAGGAGAAAGAGGUGGGGUGUUGGAAAAGUGGAGAGAGAGAGAGAGAGGAGCAGUUGGUAGGAGAAGAAGAGAGCUGGAAAAGGUUUUGUAACUGCCUGGUGAGAGUUUUGCUGCCAAGUGACCCUCAGCCUAUGUGGCAGUGUGCUCGACCCACCAUGAUGCAGGCCAACACUGUUUUGGCCCAGUUCAUGUAUUUUGAUAAUCCAACUUCUGUCAUCAAUAUUUGGCUACUGCAGUUAUGGUUUGUGAAGACAAGGAAUGUGGAAACAUCUGUUGAUAGUCCUAUUACUCGAUGGCUUGCUGCUACUGUUUUAGUGUAUUUCUACUUGAUAGGUGGAGAUAAUCAAGGUACUUAUGGUGGGAGGGUCAUCCUAGUCAAGUGGGGUGACUAUACUAAAAGAAUAGGGAUUGAUGGUACUGCCGAGGCAAUUAAAGAGGCCAUCAAAUCGGCCUUUGGAUUAAGAACAAGGCGAGCUUUUUGGCUUGAAGAUGAGGACGAGGUUGUUCGUUCCUUGGACAGGGACAUGCCAGUCGGAGUAUAUACUCUUCAUCUUGAUAAUGGGAUAACAAUCAAACUCUGCACAUUUGAAGAUGCAGACCGCAUGACAGUCCGGACAGAAGAUAAGACAUUCUACACUGAAGACGACUUCAGAGAUUUUCUAUCACGGCGUGGUUGGACACUCCUCAGGGAGUAUAGUGGCUACAGAGUUGCUGAUACUCUGGACGAUCUUCGCCCUGGCGUGAUUUACCAGGGGAUGCGCUCGCUUGUAGAUUGA